AUGGGCGGAAUCGCCGAUCAACUGGCCUAUGUGCCGCAACCUGUCCAGCUUUUGCUAGCUGGUAUUGGCGCUCUCUUCCUUACCUCCAAGGCUCUGAGCUAUGUCAAGUUCGUCCUUGGUGUCUUUUUGCUUAGUGGCACCAGCCUUCGCAAGUAUGGCAAGCCUGGCACCUGGGCUGUCGUGACCGGUGCAUCAGACGGUCUCGGCAAGGAGUUCGCCUACCAGCUCGCCAGUAAGGGCUUCAACCUCGUCCUCGUCUCCCGAACCCAGUCCAAGCUCGAGACCCUCGCCCACGAGCUCGAGGCCAAGUUCGAUGGCAAGAUCCAGGUCAAGAUCCUCGCCAUGGACUUCUCCCGCGACGACAACAACGAUUACGACAGACUCGCCCAGCUUGUCAACGGCCUCGACGUCGGUGUUCUCAUCAAUAACGUCGGCCAGAGCCACAGCAUCCCCGUCCCCUUCCUCGAGACCGCCCGCAGCGAGCUCCAGAACAUCGUCGCCAUCAACUGCCUCGGUACCUUGAAGACCACCCAGGUCGUCGCCCCCAUCAUGCAGCAGCGCAAGCGCGGUCUCAUUCUCACCAUGGGCUCCUUUGCCGGCUGGAUGCCUACCCCUUACUUGGCCACCUACUCUGGCAGCAAGGCCUUCCUACAGCACUGGAGCAGUUCUCUCGCGGCUGAGCUGAAGCCGCAAGGCAUCGACGUCGAGCUCGUUCUCAGCUACCUCAUUACCACCGCUAUGAGCAAGGUCCGCCGCUCAAGCGCCAUGAUCCCGACACCCAAGAACUUCGUCCGUGCCACUCUCAGCAAGAUUGGCUCUGGCAGCUACCAGAACUUCGCCUACACCUACACUCCUUGGUGGACGCACGCUCUUAUGCUGUGGGCUGUUGAGAGCACCAUUGGUGCCGCCCACCACCUGGCCCUUUGGUUCAACCUGAAGAUGCACGUUGACAUUCGCAACCGUGCUCUUAGGAAGGCGGCUCGCGAGGCCAAGAAGCAGUAA